AUGACAGAAUCUUCGAGAAAGUCGGAUGUGAAAGGCGGGUUGCCAAGUUAUAAAAUAUGUGGAAAGGCUCACAAGGGCGAAUGUAAUUUCAAAGACAAACCUUGCCCUAUUUGCGGGAAGACAGGGCAUACGGCUUUGAUAUGCCCCAGAAAGGUCUCUGUUUGCUACAAGUGCAACCAACCAGGCCAUAAGAAAUCUGAAUGCCCAGAACUGGUAGGAAAGAAAGAUGUGAAGGAUACGCAAGCAGAAAUCCAGAAGUCGAAGGCAAGAUCUUUUCAUCGGACCGCGGCAGAAGCCAAGAUUGAACCCGAUGUGGUUUCAGGUACAUUUGCCGUAAACUCUAUUCCCGCACGUAUUUUGUUUGAUACGGGUGCGAGUAAUAAUAAGAGUUUUAUCGUUUGUGAUGUUUGUCAAAACUGCAAAUUGAGUAUCGAUGAUGAAGAAUACUCAAUAGACUUAAUCCCGAUGUUGAUGGGAGAAUUCCAAGUGGUUGUCGGAAUGGAUUGGUUGUCCUGA